AUGCUUGCCAACGCCAAGCUCGUCGUUCUCUCCUUCGCCCUCGCCUUCGCCGGCGUUACCGCCCUUCCGCAGGGCGCGACCUCAACAGAUGUCGUACUUCCAACGGGUACGGGCCUCUUCGCUACCUCCCCAACUUCUCCCACUUAUGCUCCCUUCAUAGAAACGAUCCUCAGUGACACAUCGAUCGUGGUGCCCACAGGCACUGACACCGCGACCAUACCCGCUUCCGCUUCCACGUCGGUACCCACAGACACGGCUACCUCCGCUCCUACGGAAAGCACCGACACGCUGCUCACGAACACUGACACGGUGACGACGUCGGUGUCCGGCGUGGACCCUUCUGGCACGAGCACCGCACUCUCAUUAUCCGACACGGGUCUUCCAGUCUCUGGCUCCGUCUCGAGCACGGGAGGCGUCUCGACCACCGUCGCAUUCACCACUACGACGCCAGCCUCGAACAGUGUGUCGGGAUCGCGUUCGGGAACCGGAACCUCCGCCGCUGCGAGCAGCACGAGCACGGGCACAAACAACAACGGCGCUGUGGCCCAGGGCCUUUCAGGGCUGACGUCUGUUGGGGUGGCUGUCCUCGGGGUGCUCGCGGGUGCUGGGCUCGCGCUGUGAGCUAGAAGCGUGCGAUGGACUGUUUACGAUGGACUUCUUGAGAGAUCUUGGACUACUAUUGUAGCUAUGGUGUGGGCAUGGACUCC